AUGGAUUAUUAUCAAAAAUUCGUUGAGCUCGAGAAGGACAAGGUCAAGGACGACGCCGGCGUGAACAACCACUGGGUGUUCUACUCCGGCGACGCCGGCAUCAUCGGCAAGGACACGUUCGUGUACGAGUUCAACAAUGGCCAACACAGAGAAGGCCUGAAAGACAACGACAAGGAAACGAUGAUUUACGCGCGGUACAUCUACGAGAACGUGAUCGCGAGCAACGACCUGAAGAAGAUCGAGAACGACUUCCCGUCGGAUCAGAAGAAUAAAGCAGACUUGAUGGACAUGGCGAUGCUGUCGUUCCGAGGCGCGCAGCGGGCGGCCCAGCGCGGCGGCAUCAUCAGGUUCGUCACAUCGCCGAGUAUGUCGAACGCAGACCCCAAGAAGUUCUGGACGCAGUGGGAGGCGUGGAUCCUCACCAAUGGGAACAGCAAGGUCGAGAAGAUCCUGCGGUACGACGUCACCAUGGAUAAGAAUGACGACCCGAUAUUUGCAGAGCCCAGGGAGAUCUGGAAGAAGGGCGAUAAGGCCUUGGGCGUUAAGCCGAAUUAUAAGACUUGGACGCGUUGA